AUGCCACGGAUUUUCUGGACUCUGCUGCUGGCCACCGGCUUAGCAGCUCCACUCUUCAAAUACCCUAUAUACGCCUUUGUCGUUUUUACCUUCACAAUCCUAUGGAGGCACCUUUUCCCAAGUCCGAAACCAGACCCCGAAGUCCUGCUUCUACCAACCAAAAACCCGUAUCUGGCUGCUUUGAAACCACUCGAAAAUCCUGAAGCUGUAGAGGGAGAUCAUUGUCCGACUUGCUGGGACGAACUUGACGCUACCAAAUUGCCUACAAAGCUUGCUUGUGGCCAUGUAUUCUGCAAUGAAGACAUUCUGGAAUGGAUCAAAUCUGGCAAGAACACCUGUCCAGUAUGCAAAAAAGUGCUUUUCCAACAAGCCAUGUUCCAAGGCGAAGACGCGAUUGCAGAAAAAGUACACAAGGCAAGGAUCUGUCUCGUGGUUAUAAAUCUCCUCAUCACUCUUCUGCGACAAAUUUCCGGUUACAUGCUUAGACAUCAAGGAUCAGGUAUAGAUUGGACCUGGCAACUUCUGAAUCCGAUUUACUAUCUCACUGGUUAUGGCUCCACGUUUUCUACCAACAUGGCCGUCGUCUCCACAGUUGCUAACAUCAUCCAACUCGGCGUCGCGUACAAUGGCUUCCGAAAGUUUGGUCCCGAGUGGUUUCGACAGUUUGGAAUCAAUUUGGUCUUUUGGUCGGGGACCUUGUAUUGCACUGCCCUCAAUCUUUGGCAGGAUGUUGAAGGAUUGGAAAUGGCAGGGCAGUCCUGGAAACUUCUUGUGGUGGAGUGCGGGGCGUGCGGAUGGUAUGCCUAA